AUGUCUCACGACCGCGUAUCCGCUCCUCAUCCGUACCCUGCAAGAGCCAGUGGGCUUUCCCGAAUUCGACCGCUGCCCUCGAACGACGAGGUAUCUCGUCGUGAUGAUCACACGGAUUCAUUCGACGGGGAACCUAACAUCCUCACUGCCAUCAUCAAAAGCUGGAGCACUCUCAUCAAGCAACGACCUUCGACGAUGCACUCGAUUGUUUCGUCUCUGAAUUUGUGGACGCCAGUUUCUCCUGCGGGUCUACCGACUUCCGCGAUCAAAAGCGCGGAGAACGGCAUUCGAAUAUUACUUGUACACAGGUCUUCAUGGUUCGGCCUUCGGUGGCCAAUCAACGAAGCCCCCGCCGUACAGGUUCAACGCAUGGAACGUGCUCCCGCCGAAGAGAAAGCACGAAAGCAGCUGUCACAGCUGCAGCGACCGAGGCAACACGCAAACACCAGUCUCCAUCUAUUCCUCCAGGAAGAACAAACAGAUCCUAAACGUCUAAAAGCCGAAGUUAAUAAUGCCGGGGUGAACUCUGCGAAAUUCCUCGCUGCAUUCGAUUUUACGACACUUCCGAUCGGAUUCGUAAUGGACCUCAUUGUUGCUAAUCUGCAAGCGUUCUUAGAGCCCGCAUUAAUGAACUUGGUUCAAUCGUAUCAACAAAGCAGAGGUUUACCAUCCGUACUGCCAGCUAAGCCCCCUCAAACACCAGAUUCUAUUGUUCGUACCGAAGGUACAUCAGUCAGCGAGACACUCGCAGGUGCCGAGGCUGUCAAGGAGGAAGCUGUCGACCAAUUGGAAAUGGGGUAUGAUCCAGACAAAUCGAACUUGGAGGUUAGUCUUUGGUUUCCGCUGUGGUCGGAAUCACCUGACCCAGCGUUCGUUAUCAAGCUUUCCGGUGAAGAGGCUGCCACCUGUGAGGAAAUGAUAUCACUGAAUAUUUCUGAUGACUUGCCCUUUGUCCUGUUUAAUUUCAAGCCCCUAGGACCUGCGGCAUAUGACUUCCAUAGGCAGUCGUCAGACUUGUUCUUCACUCGCAUGAUCAUUAAGGUGGUUAUGAUUCCCGGAGCUUCUGAGUCUCCAAAAGACGACGACAAAGCGAGUAAUGUGGCGGAAACUCAGCUAACGGCACUGUUAUGCCUGGCAAUUACUUGGAUGAAUGAAGAGUGGCGAACGACCGGAUACGAAGUGCCGCUGACCCCAAUCGGGCCGAGUUACGAGUUGUGGCUAAACCAAAUCAUUUCUACGUAUCGGACCGUUCUGGAAGGCAAGGCUGACGGAAAAUCGGACAGUAGAGACAAAGCGUUCUGGAGGUUUUUGUUGGACUUGCCAGAUGUACCUGGGAACGUUUUGGACAUACUCUGUGACCUUUGCGCCGAGGACGCACGCGGGCUUCACGACGCUUCGAGACUUGUUUUGGAGUGGCCAUCAUUACGGGCGAAGGCAUUGCGCGUGCUAUUGGAUUUGACGACUCAUCCAGAUUCGGUUGCACGGCGUGCAGCUACCAAUACGGUGAGGCAGUGGGUCCAGGCGUAG